GUUUACCCGGCAUCCCUGCGCGAGCUCCGCGAGGACGAUUCGACCGUCCAAAAAUCCGACAUCGCCGGAUGGCAUUCCCUUCCUCUCUCCUCGACUCCUCCGCACAUCCCUUUUCUCUCACCUCCCCCUCCUUUUCUCUCUCCUCGAUCUCUCUCUAGGGUUGCAUCGUCGUACUGCAUUUCGGAGAAGAUAUCGGGGUGAUCGAUGGCGGGGAUGCGGUUGCCGCCCGAGGACAGCGAUCUCUUCCCGGCGAGGCCGCCGGCGGCGUUGGAUCUGAUAUCGGACGACGACCGGUCGGUGGCGGCGGACUCGUGGUCGAUAAAAAGCGACUACGGGAGCACGAUGGACGACGAGCAGCGCCAUGUCGACGCCGCCGAGGUCCUCUCCAGCUGCAACUUCCCCGCUGCUUCCGAUUACAGUUCUGACAAGGAUCUUCCAGAUGCCAAUGAGGUUGAAACAUUGGUGUUGGGCUCACAGGGCUACUGGGAUGCUGCUUAUGGAGAGGAUCUUGCAAAUUUUCAUGAGCAUGGCCAUGUGGGUGAAACUUGCUUCGGUGUUGAAGUCAUGGAAGUUCUUGUUACUUGGACUAAAAACGUGUGUGUCAGCAUGUGCCAAGGUCCUAACAUGGCUGAUGACAAAAGUUGUAAAUCUGAAUCAAGUGACAGCCACAGAGAGUUGUCCAGCUUGAGUGUACUUGAUAUUGGAACUGGGAAUGGUCUGCUUCUGCAGGAGCUUGCAAAGCAAGGGUUUAUUGAUCUUACUGGAAUUGAUUAUAGUGAAGGAGCCAUUGAGCUUGCAAGAAACAUUGCUCUUCGUGGUGGAUUUUCCAGUAUUAACUUCAUGGUUGAUGAUGUUCUCGAGACAAAACUGGAGAGAAAAUUCCAACUUCUUAUGGACAAAGGGACUCUAGAUGCCAUAGGGCAGCAUCCAGAUGGCCCCAUCAAAAGAAUUAUGUACUGGGAGUCUGUAUCAAAGCUGGUUGCUCCUGGUGGUAUACUGGUUAUCACAUCAUCUAACAGUACGAAGGAUGAACUACUGCAAGAGGUGGAAAAUUUUAAUCAAAGGAGGCUUAGUGCUCAGGACAUCGAUCAAGAGAAAAACAGCAAACCUGCUGUCUUCCGAUAUCUUGAUCAUGUCCAGACCUAUCCUAAUAUGGUGUACGGUGGGGCAGAAGGGUCCCGUGUGGCCACUGUCGCAUUUAUUCACAAGUCAGAUUAGAAGCUGUUUAUCUCUUUCCACUUCUAUUCGUAUAUGGAGUUACAUUCUCUCCUGAAGUUCUCUGGUUUUGAGAGGGAUUGCUUAUGUUUUUGAUGAGAGUUGAGUUGAUACUGUUUGCUCUGGAAAGUUUGUGCUUUGUGUAGUUUUGAAUGUUUUUGUUGUCUUGGCAUCAGGUAUGGAAAUAUUGACAUACUGCAUACAAAGAUUAUUUUACUGAGAACACUGUUCUGGUUUUUUGCCGGACAGAAAUGUUCCA